AUGCGAGCUGGAGCGGUGCUCGCAGCAACGUCGUCCCUGCUGAAGAGCGAGAUCAGUGCAAAGCUCCGACACCCUCCGGGGACUCUCCGGGUGACGGCGGGACCCUUCCCUCGGGAGCUCCCAUUGCGCCCGUACGCUCCUGUAAGCCUGUGCUGCCUCCGGAGCUCUGAGCAGCGGUACCAGAUCGGAGGAUGUCCAGGGUUUGUGGUGUCCGCUGCUCUGAACGAGAGUGAUGUUCUGCAGAAAAUGGCAGAGGAAGCUGGGAAAGAAAAGCCCAACGCCAAACCCAUCAAAGGCAUCUCGGGGCUGAAGGUGAAAGAGCUCCGUCCCCCGGUGAUAUCGCUGGGGCUCCGGCCGGGCUCGGGGCUCUUCAUGGCCGUCUUAGUCCAAAUGACCAUCGCUGGGAGAAGCUUCGUGGGAGGAAACAUGGAGAUAGCUCUGGCUGCCAACCUGACAGCGGGCAGCCAGCUGGGGCAGGACGCCGCGGGCAUCCCCCUCCUCCGCGCCGGGAGCUGCCAUGUCGCCCUCGUGAGCGUUCAGGCCAACCUCCCCAGCAGCGUGCUGCCCAAAGUCAUGAGCAAGUUUCUGUCCAGCACCCUUCAAAAAGUGCUGCCAGGUCUGCUGUGUCCAGCUGUCGAUGCAGUGCUCAACCUUGUGAAUGCAAAGUUCACCACCAUGACUGCCGAGCUCCCCCUUGGGCCAGCCGGGACCCUCCAGUACGCUUUGCUGACCCCCCCGGUGACGACUGCAACUUUCAUAGAGCUGGAUUUGAAGACCAUUCUCCACCAGAAGGAGGGAAAGGAGGUUGACCUUCCCACGGACCAGCCGUCUCUUGCUUCUCUGCUGCCCCAGAGAGAUGCUGCUACCCAGCUUGUCCUGUCUGCAAACUUCCUGGGCGCUGAGCUCUCCCUUCUGCAGGAGUCUUUCAACCUGGAGAUCAGCAAUAACAUGGUCCUUGGGCUUCCCCCGCUGGUGACCACGACGCUGGGAGCCCUCCUCCCUGAGAUUUCCAGGCUGCUGCCUCCGUCACAGCCGGUGCUGAUUGAGAUGCGAGAGGCGAAAGCACCACUGGUGACCAUCACCCCGGACAAAAGCUCCGUGCAGCUCUUCAGCACCGCUGAGUUCCGGGUUUCCCCUUCGGACUCUGCUCCCGAACCCCUCUUCGUCCUGGAUGUCCACAGUGACCUGGACGCACACUUUGCCGUCGCAGAGGAAACGCUGUGGCUCUCCCUGUCCCUGCGGAGGUACCAACGGCGCUGCCGGUCCCCAGUGCCCCCCGGCGGGUGCCAGUCCCUGCGCGGGGGCGCUCCAGUGUUGGCAGGGGUUGUUCACGUGGCUUAUGUGCCGUCCAUCAACAGGGUGCUACGCCGAGGGGUGCCCCUGCCCCAGCUGCUGGGCAUCACCUACCAGGAGGCGAACAUCCGCGGGAUGGAG